UUCCACAACGUGACGUCGUACGUUUGGUACGUGUUUCAAGACCGGGAACCGAGCAGGUUGUGCACGUUCAAUUCUGGGCAAACUUCAAACUACUACAUAUUACAGAGUGUUCUAAUCAUGCCUGCUAAAAAGACCACCACCAAGAGGAAGUCUGAGCCUAUUGUGAAGGAGAAUGAAGGAGCCAAGAAAGUGAAAGUUUCCCACAGGAGCCAUUGCAAGGAGGCGGGUCAGGUUCUUGCUCUGGGGCAGGGUGAUGUUGGACAGUUGGGUCUUGGUGAGAACAUCAUUGAGAGGAAGAAGCCAGCCCUUGUGUCGCUGCCAGAAGAAAUUGUGCAAGUCAUAGCUGGAGGCAUGCACACAGUGUGCCUCAGCGUCACUGGCCAAGUCUACACUUUUGGCUGUAACGACGAAGGAGCCCUUGGCCGGGACACAUCAGAGGAAGGGUCGGAGAUGGUUCCAGAGAAGGUGGCGUUGGAGGAGAAGGUGGUGCAGGUGUCGGCGGGGGACAGCCACACAGCUGCUCUCACAGAGGACGGGACUGUGUACCUGUGGGGCUCCUUCAGGGAUAACAACGGUGUUAUAGGUCUUCUGGAGCCGAUGAAAAAAAGCACUGUUCCAGUCAAAGUCCCCAUGACAGAACCAGUUGUGAAGAUUACGUCGGGGACCGACCACCUUGUUCUGGUUACACUGGAGGGGAAUCUGUACUCAUCAGGCACUGCAGAGCAGGGGCAGCUGGGAAGAGUGCCUGAGCAUUUCUCAGACAGAGGAGGCAGGAAAGGCCUCAACCGGCUGCUGCUCCCGCAGAUGGUUAAAGUUAAAGGGAAAGUUCACUUUGCCGAUGCUUUCUGUGGCGCGUACCUCACCUUUGCUGUGUCAAGAGACGGCCAUGUUUAUGGGUUUGGUCUCUCCAACUAUCAUCAGCUGGGCACUAAAAGCACCAAGUUGUGUUUUGUCCCAGUAAAACUGACCUCCUUUAAAAACUCUACCACGUCCUGGGUGGAAUUCUGUGGAGGUCAACAUCACUCACUCUGCCUCGAUGCUGAAGGACAGGUAUACAGCCUGGGCCGAGCAGAGUACGGUCGUCUCGGUCUGGGCGAGGGGGCGGAAGAGAAGAGCGAGCCCACGCAUGUGGCUGGGAUGGAGCCGGCCUGCGGGCUGUCGUGUGGGGCUUCAGUCAGCUACGCCGUCACCAGAGAAGGAUCUGUGUAUGCCUGGGGCAUGGGAACCAACCUGCAGCUCGGCACCGGGGAGGAGGACGAUGAGUGGAGCCCCGUGAAGAUGACAGGCAAGCAGCUGGAGAACCGCGCAGUACUGAUGGCGUCCAGUGGAGGACAGCACACCGUCCUUCUGGUCAAAGACAAGCAGGAAAGCUGAUGUCCAGUGCAGACUGGGAUCUGCUGAUUGGUUGGAGGUGGGGCCUUUUUCACACUGACUAAAUCUGGGGAGGGGUUGAUCUAUAUGUGACUUCCUGUGCUGAGCCAGGGAAUGUGAGGUCCUUUUUAUAAGAACACUUCUCAUUCGGGUGUGCGAAACAAAUGUUCAUGGAUGUUCUGUAGAUCAUGACAAAUAAGAGACUAUUUUUUUUAAUCUAGUUUUUGAUGUUCCCUAUGUAUUCUUUUCAUAAAAGUCAUCAGUAUGACUGUCAGACAGUAUGUGAUGUUUGUGAAUGUGACUGUUGGCAUGUACGUAAAUGAAAAAAGGGUGCAAGCUUUUUAAUGACUUCCCCAAACAAUAUUCUUUUUAAUAUUCUUUUUCUUUUCUUUUAAGCAAUAAUUUAGCUGACCUUGGUUCAGACAGCACAUUUCUACUGGAUGAAUUCGAUAUGUGAGACUACUGUUCACACAUUGGCACACAAAACUGGUUGUCACUAUUUGGACAUUUGGUAACACAUCAUACUGUAUACUGCAUUUUGUUGCUUUUCCUGCCUGAAAAUAAAGAUACAAAUUUAA